GGAGCGGUACGCCGGACGCGUUGCCAUGGUGACGGGCGCCAGCUCCGGCAUAGGGGCCGCCGUGGCGCGCGCGCUGCUGCAGCGCGGGCUCACCGUCGUGGGGGUCGACCUGCGACCCGACAGGAUGAAGGAAUGGCAACUGAAAAAUGCCACCAGCCAACUGUAUCCAAUGUAUGGAGAUGUCACUGACGAGGAAAGCCUACUUACUGUAUUCAAAUGGAUUUCUGAUAACCUGGGAGGCGUCGAUAUUCCCAUCAACAGCGCGGGAUUAUUCCGCAAUCCUCUCUUGACUUCUGCUCCAACGUCGGAAAUAAAAACGACGCUGGACGUGAACGUGCUGGGUCUGAGCAUCUGCACCAGGGAGGCCGUGCAGAACAUGCUGAGCAGGGGCGUCGACGACGGCUUCAUUGUGCACAUAGGCAGCCUCGCGUCCCAUGUGCCAGUAAAUGACUCUGGGAACUCGAUAUACUUUGCUAGCAAGGUGGCUGUGAAGGCACUGCUCGAAGGAUUGAGAAAGGACUUGGUUGCAAGGAAAAGCAACAUACGAGUUGGACAAGUGUCUCCCGGACCCGUGAGGACGGAGCUCUUUAACCCGCUGAUUGGUCUACCAGACGACUUUUGGGAGAGCCAGUUUCUUGAACCAGAGGACAUCGCAGAGGCCAUCAUCUUCAUGCUCUCACAGCACCCACGCACACAGGUGUACGACAUCGUCAUCCGACCGACUGGAAGUGACUUCAGACCUUAGAGUUCAGCGAGGCAUCAACAACCGCUCACUUUCAGUAGCGCGACCAUUUACGAUGUCGGCAAGAGGUGUUUCUGUGAAAUUUGUAUUGUAGUUAUUUUAAAUAAAGUUGUUUCAGCGUUUUAUCUGAA